AUGCCACCUGCUGCUCCUGCGGUCAAUUUGAUUAAAGGAUUCCAGACUCCGGUCACGUCGGGAGGAGAAGAGUCGGACGCUUCGAUGCUGAACACUCCGCGGAUUGGUGCCAUGAAGGAUGCGCCCAGCCCUGCCUUACGACCACUGACUCCUGGAGGUGGAAUCAGUGCUCUUCGCGCUCGACUUGACGCGCUUGCUCUGGAAUCAGAUGAUACCAGGCCCGGUAAAGGCGCGUUUGGUACGGUACACCUGGUCAAGCAAGCAGCUACAGGAAGGCUAUAUGCGCAGAAACAGUUCAAAAAGGCCAGCAUCACCGUGCACAAGCGUCUGAUCGAGCAGACUCGCACCGAGAGGACCAUCCUGGAGUCUGUCAACAGGCACCCUUUUGUCGUGAAGCUGUACUAUGCUUUCCAGGACCAGGAGAAGCUCUACCUCAUCUUGGAGUAUGCGCAAGGCGGCGAGCUCUUCCACCAUCUAGCCAUGGAGCGCAUGUUCACAGAGGAGGUCGCGGCAUUCUACAUGGCUGAAAUGGUGCUUGCGUUGGAACAUCUCCACCAGAACGUCCGGGUCAUCUACCGAGAUCUCAAGCCCGAGAAUUGUCUCCUUGACACGGAAGGACAUCUGCUUCUCACCGACUUCGGCCUUUCAAAAGUCGCACUCGACGGCGAGGACGAACGCACGAACAGCAUCCUGGGCACCAUCGAAUACAUGGCUCCCGAAGUGAUUGAAGGCAAAGCGUACGACUUUUCAGUGGACUGGUGGGGCUUGGGAGCCAUCGGCUUCGACCUGCUGACCGGUAGCCCUCCAUUCGGCGGCAACAACCACACCAAGAUCCAGCAGAACAUUGUGAAGGCAAAGUUGCAGCUGCCCUACUUCUUGGGACCGGAUGCGAAGGACCUGCUCACUCGUCUGCUGCGCAAGGAACCUCACAAGCGAUUGGGAGGCACGACGGCGAAGGACGUCAAGGCGUUGAAAGCGCACCGCUUCUUCCGCAAGAUCGACUGGAAAGCUCUCGAGAGGAGAGAAUGCGAGCCGCCCAUCCAACCCGUCAUCACCGACCCGGAGCUCGCGGAGAACUUCAGCCAGGAAUUCACCGAUUUGCCCAUGAGUCCGGUCGUCACGCGCGGAAGUCUGGCUUUUGAGAAUAUUGUUGAUGACCCGUUCGCCGCGGAGGAGAGUAAUCCUUUCGGUGGCUUCAGCUUUGUGGCGAGUAGGAGUCUGCUGGACGGGGACGAGUUCAUGUUGGAUGCUUGA